UGGUUCGGUUCAGAGCCGAUCCUCUCUGCUGUAUCAUGUCGUUUUAAUUGAGCGCCACAGGCGGGAUCCAGCUCGGUAAAGACAUGUUUAUCCAGGAUAUAUCGACUCAACGCGGGCCUCUGAGGCUGGUUCUGUGGCUCUGCGUCGGUGUGGGGUGUCUGUUGGCUCGGUCCGGAGCAGAAAAGGACCGCAGCGGCAGCUUGUGGUACCAGGAUCUCUGCAGUUAUAAGUGGGAGGCUGUAGACCAGGACAGAAAUGUGAAAUACACCAUAAAACUUUGUGAGUCCUCACCCCCGACCAGCUGCGGGGCGAGCGUUGCAGUGUGCGCUCAGAACCUCGACGGAGGAGAACCUCGCUCAGUUGGUGAUGUUUCCCUGCAGAGGCUCUCUGGCACCGUCCUCGAUUACAACUCCACAGAGACAUGCUCCGAAGGCAAUAACCCCAUUCAGACCAGCAUCAGUUUCCAAUGUGGGAAAACCAUGGGGACCCCAGAGUUUGUGGCUCUGUCUCAGUGUGUGCAUUACUUUGAGUGGAAAACCUACGCUGCCUGCAGGAAAGACAAAUUCAAGCCACACAAAGAGGUGCCCUGCUUCUUGUUCGACUCUGAUGGCAAGAAGCACGACCUGAACCCUCUGAUCAAAGUGAGCGACGGUUAUCUGGUGGACGACGGCGACGAAAGCACUGACUUUUAUAUCAACGUCUGCCGAAGCCUCAACUCUCUAUCUACAUCCUGUCCAGAGGACUCUGCAGCCUGCCUCAUCACCAAAGAUGGCUCUUUCAGCAUGGGCGCCCCCAGCAGGCCGCUGGAGGCGGUGUCCAGUGACAGUUUGAGGUUACGGUAUGAAUUAAGUGCCGACUCGACGCCUCCAGAGAGAUGUGGACAACACCGGCCCACCGUCACCAUCACUUUCAUCUGUCCAUCAAACAGGCAUUUGGGCAGCACCCCUAAGAUGGUUGCAGAGUCAAACUGCCGGUAUGAGGUGGAGUGGGUGACUGAAUAUGCCUGUCACAGAGACUACCUGGAGAGUCAUAGCUGCAAACUGACCAGUGAACAGCAUGACGUCUCCAUCGACCUCACACCUCUCACUCUGAGCUCUUUAGACAGACCCUACGUCUUCCAGUCUUCAUCCAGCGAAGACCCUGAGAACUACGUCUAUUACCUGAACGUUUGUGGAAAGAUUCCCACACAGGAAUGUGGGGACGACCCUUUUAUCUCGUCCUGCCAGGUGAAGAGCUCUGCAAACACCAACAAAGUGGCCGGGAGAUUUCAGAACCAGACGUUACGGUAUUCAGAUGGAGACCUCAGUCUGAUUUAUCCCGGUGGAGAUAAAUGCUCCUCUGGCUUCCAGAGAAUGACCAUCAUUAACUUCCAGUGUAACAAAACAGCCUCAAACAAUGGUCAUGGGACUCCAGUUUUUGCCGGGGAGACAGAUUGUACGUAUUAUUUUAACUGGGAUACAGCGUUUGCUUGUGUCAAAGAGAAGGAGGAUCUGCUUUGUCAGGUCAGAGAUGGCAGCAAACACUACGACCUCUCCCGCCUUACCAAGUACCCCGAGUCAAAUGACAGCGACAACUGGGAGGCGGUGGGUGAGCGAGCUACAAAAUCAGACAUGCGCUACUACCUGAACAUCUGCCACAAAGUGCUGAAGCGAGGAGGAGCCGCUAACUGUCCAGAAGACGCUUCCUUCUGUGCUGUGGAUAAGAAUAAUAAGAGCAUCAGCUUGGGCAGCUUCCUCUCUCCUCCUCAGAUGACCAAACAGGGGAAUGACAUCAGACUGCUGUAUACUGACGGGACGACCUGUGAAAACAAGAAGACUAGGACCCAAACUAUUGUGACCCUCAAGUGCAAACCAGGACAUCUUGAGAGUCCUCCGAUACUUCGCAGCGUUUCCUCUGAUAAAUGCCUUUAUGAGUUGGAGUGGUACACGGCUGCUGCCUGCAUCCUCUCAAAGACAAAAGGAGACGACUGCAAGGUGGAGGACCCCCAGGCUGGAUUCUCCUUUGAUUUGUCACCUCUAACCAAACCUGAAGGCAGCUUCUACAAUGUGACCAACGGUGGUUACGACUACUUCAUCAAUGUUUGUGGUCUGGUCAAAGCCGCCGGGUGUCCUGAGAAUGCCGGAGCAUGCCAAGUGGAAAAGAGCGCUUGGAGCCUCGGGAAGGCAAACUCUCAUCUGUCCUACUAUGACGGGUUGAUCCAGCUGACCUACGUUAAUGGCUCCCAGUACAACAAUGCAAAACACACCCUGAGAUCCACCCUCAUCUCCUUCCUCUGUGAUCCAGAGGCUGGACUAGGAAGCCCAGAAUUCCAGGUUGAGGAUAACUAUACCUAUAACUUCCGCUGGUACACAUCCUACGCAUGUCCUCAAAGGCCUCAUGAAUGUUUGGUGACAGAUCCCAUCACUCUCGACCAAUAUGACCUGUCCAGCUUGUCGCGAUCCACCUCAUCUAAGAACUGGCUUGCAAUGGAUUUGACCGACACUGCGAACAUAAAGAAGUACUACAUCAACGUAUGUCAGCCCAUCGUCCCGGUGCCAGGAUGUGACCGGGACGCAUCAGUUUGCCAGAUGAAGUACAUAAACGAAAAGGGCUCUACAAAGGAGGUGGUGUCUGUCAGUAACAUGGGGAAGUCAAAGAGAGGUCCAAUCAUCGAGGGAAGGGACCGGCUGCUGCUGGAGUUCACUGAUGGUUCUGUCUGCAUGUCGGAGGGCCAGAAACUUACUUAUACUACAAUCAUUCACCUGGUCUGCUCUAGAGGAGCCUCUGCUAUGGGCCCGCGUUUCGAGUUAAACCAGAACUGCACUGCCAUCUUUGUGUGGGAGACCAAAGCUGCCUGCGCCAUCCAAACCAUUAAGAAUGAUUCCUGUGAGAUUGCAGAUCCCGUCUCUGGUUUCAAGUACAAUCUUCGGCUUUUGGCCUCUAAGGAAGGAUACAACACAACUGCUAACGGCAAAGACUUCUUGGUCAACAUCUGCGCAGACGCACCAAGAUGCGGACAGGGGAUGGGCGGCUGUGAGAUAGAGAACGGGCAGGCGAUAAGCCCCGUGGGGGUGGAGAAGACACUCAAGUACUCCACUGAUGGUGCAUUACAGCUGACGUAUAAAGGAAGUCUGGAUGAGACAUCAGCAACCAGAGACACCUUCACCAUCAACUUUGUGUGUAACCCAAAAUCUCACCCUGGAUCAUUAAAACUGGUGAGAGAAGACAUGAGUACUCUAUCCAGCCACGUUGUCCAUGAAGCCCUGUUCGAGUUCUCUACAGCUCUGGCCUGCAUCCCCGCUCCUGUCGACUGCAGGAUCGUUGAUCCCCAUGGAAAUGAGUAUGAUCUGAGCCACCUGAUCCGAGACGAAGACGACAGCCCCUGGAUCCCUAUGGACCCGGGUGCUGGGACAUCACGCAAAUUCUACAUAAAUGUCUGCAAGCCGCUUCCAAGUCAUGAAGAGUGUCCAGUGGGUCCUCUCGGAGCUUGUGGCGUGAUAAAUGGGAAAAGUUUCAACCUGGGUUACAUACAGUCCAGCCCGCAGGUGGCAGAUGAAGGCUCCAUCACCAUCAUGUACCAGAACGGAGACAAGUGUGGCGAUUCAUCCACGUACUCGACACGCAUCUUACUACAGUGUGCCGAUAACCCGGGCUCCCCCAUGUUUGACCGUCAAGAUGGCUGCGAAUACGUCUUUGUGUGGAGGACAUCAGAGGCAUGUCCGAUCAAGAAGGUUAAAGGGGAGAACUGUCGAGUUCGUGACCCCAAGAGUGGCUAUGAGUUUGACUUCAGCUCUCUGAAGGACAAGGAUUUUUCCAUCCCCAGUGACAAGUACACCUACCACCUGUCAGUCUGCAGCGCGCUGCAGAAAGAUGUCUGCCCACACAAAGGCACAGAACCUGUGUCUUCCUGCCAGGUGUCUGGAAGCACUCACAAGACUGCCGGAUUGUCAAACCAGAUACUGAAUUAUGUCGGGGAUCAGAUCAUCCUGAACUACACCAGUGGAGACACCUGUCAUAGAAUCUAUCAAAGAUCCACGGUCAUCAGCUUCUCUUGCCACCCUGACAAACAUCCUGGAGUACCAGAGUUCAUUAAGGAGACUCCUGAUUGCACCUACCUGUUCAACUGGCCCACCGCCCUGGCUUGCGUCCCAGCCAAAGCUACCAGCUGCUCCUACAACGACGGCCGGGGCCACUCCUAUGACCUCUCUCCUCUGACUUUGGACUCUCAAAACUGGGAGGUAGAGAUCUCGACUCAAACCACGGGGAAAAGGUUUUACAUAAAUGUCUGCAGGUCUCUGGUUCAGCAGGGAGGUUCUUGGAAGUGUCCCUCUAAUGCGGCUUCCUGCGUGAAGGAUGGGGAUGAAUAUGUGAGCCUGGGGCAGCUGACAUCCGGCCCUGAACUGGACGGAGACGUUCUGAAGCUACAGUAUACCAGCGGCCAUCCCUGCCCGAACAGGAGCGUUAACCGGAGCAGCAUCAUCCGCCUCAAGUGUGACAAAGAUAAAGUGGAUUCCAGACCCACUCUGAUCUCUGAGAUAGAGGACUGCGUGUACACGUUCCUGUGGUUAACAGCUGCUGCUUGCCCUCUAAACACCAGCCAGCACGACGGGUGCAGAGUCACCAACCCUGCCACAGGUCACUUAUUUGAUCUGAACCCUUUGAAGAAAGCUGAAGAUUACGUGGUUUAUGAUCACAACAACAGAAAGAAGAUGUUUCGCUUAAACAUCUGUGGAAAAGUGACCAACUCUGGAUGCAGUUCAGAAUCAGCUGUAUGCAUUAAGGAGGGAAAUACUGCGGUGAGCGGUGGUGAAGUGAGCACAGAGCUGUCGUACAGAGAUCGUGUGUUGGAGCUGACAUAUGAAGGAGGAAGCCCCUGCUCUGCAAACCCCAACCUGAAACACAAAACCAUCAUCCACUUUAUCUGCAGGCCUUCUUCCAUGAGCUCCGUCCCUGAGGAGCCGGUCCUUGUUGCUUCGAAUGCUGAGACUUGCACACACUUCUUCUCCGUCCACACACCGCUGGUCUGCGAACAAGCAGUAACCUGUUCGGUCCAGAAUGGUUCUGCUCUAAUAGAUCUGACGCCUCUCAUUCAUGUCAAUGGAUUCUACUCAGCAGCAGAUGUUGCUAUCAACCCAUAUGAAUCUCCAGAUUUUUACAUUAACGUCUGUGAGCCUUUGAACCCCAUCCCAGACGUCUCCUGCCCACCUGGAGCCGCAGUGUGUAUGGACCCUGAUAAUGGACCACCUGUGGAUAUUGGACGGACCACCUCUGGGCCACAGAUCAACAGUAUGACAGGCAAAGUGUUCAUCACCUACCAAAGCUCCACCCAGUGUCCGUCUGACCCUCAGCAGAACUACAGUUCAACCAUUAUCUUUACCUGCCAGAAAGGCCUGGAGCUGGGUUCCCCUCAGAUGCUGGCCCUGCAGGGUUGUGUUUUCCUGUUUGAGUGGGCGACUCCUAUCGUCUGCCCAGAUUCCACCCAAACCAGCGGCUGCCAACUCAGAGACUCGCAGCUCGAUUAUACGUUUGAUCUUAAAUCCCUUUCUGGUGAAGUCCAGGUGAAAUCGAGCUCUGGCAUGUAUCACAUCAACAUCUGUGGCUCUGUGGCAGAGAAAGGCUGUAUGCAGAGCGCGGUUUGCCAGGUGCCUAGUUCUGGUUCAGGGAAGCCCGCUGCAUCGUAUGGUAUGAGUAAAGCCAUGAAGAUGGACUUCAAACAUGAAGAGCAAGCAGUGCUGAUGCAGUACGGAGGAGGAGAUCCCUGCCCACCAGCGACCGACAAGAGCGAGAUGUGCGUGUUCCCGUUCACCUUUUUGAAUAACGAGUAUAACGAAUGCACCACAGACGGAAGGACGGAUGGUUUGAAGUGGUGCGCCACAACUUCCAGCUAUGACAGUGACAAAAAAUGGGGAUUCUGCAUUGAAGGUUCUGCGAAACGUCAGUCCUCCAUCCUCUUCAGAUGCAACCACACUGCAGGCCACGGCCACCCGGAACUGCUCUCUGACACCGCCGGCUGUUCGACCGAGUUUGAGUGGUACACCAGCACCGUUUGCCCCCCGAGGAAGAUGGAGUGUAAACUGAUAAGGAAGCAUCAGAUGUUUGAUCUGCGAUCGCUGUCGUCCCUCACCGAGCCGUGGAAUUUCAGCCACAAAGGAUAUUCGUAUUAUGUCAACUUGUGUCAGGGGAUCAACAGUAAGCCUCUUAGCUGUCCAAAGGGGGCGGCAGUGUGCCGACGCACCGCAGCCGGACAGACUCAGUCACUGGGUCAGGUUUACACCCAGAAAAUGAUCUACGCAGAUGAAAAGAUUUUGGUCAGCUAUUCAGUAGGGGAUGAUGUCUGUGGUAAUGGGAUGAAGGCCAAAACAGUCAUCCAGCUGAGCUGUGGCACCACUGUGGGAAACCCUUCGUUCUUAAGGAGAAGCUUUUGUACAGUUUAUCAAGCUAAUCUUGGAAAAACUCUGAGUCCUGCUUUAAAUGGAUGGUUUUAUACCAAAAACUGCACACAACCUUUACUAAAACCUAAAAAGAAAAACAAUAUUUUUAUCUGCUUCAGCCCACAUCAGGCUUCUGGCGACAUCCGUACCAAUGGCGACCGUUACAUCUACCACAUCCAGCUGUCCGGCAUCACCAACCCCUCCCUGCCGAAGUGUCGUGGUGCAAACAUCUGUCAGGUGAAGCUGAACGAUGACUACAGACGUAGGAUUGGCUCUUCUGAAAAAGCAAAGUACUACAUUGCAGGAGGAAACCUGGAAGUGGAAGUUCCCUCGGAGUCGCAGUGCGGCCGGGAGAAGAGCAAGAACGCUUCUUCCCUCAUCGUGUUCUACUGCAACCCUUCAGCGGGCGUCGGCAUCCCGGAGUUCAGGAGGGAGACGGAUAACUGCCAGUACACGUUUGCGUGGUACACGGACGCUGUGUGUGGGCUGACAACCGUCAAUCGGCAGACGUCCGAUGGCGACCUGGUUUCCCCAAAUAUAUCCCGCCGAAGCCAGGCAUUGGGGUUGAUGCUGGGCCUCCUGUUGGUGGUUUUCAUCGUCUGUCUGUUGGGGUUUUUGCUGCAUAAGAGAGAACGACGCGAGCUGGUGAUGCAGAAGGUCGCCGGCUGCUGCAAGAAAGGAAAUCAAAUCUCCUAUAAAUAUUCAAAGGUUAACACCGACGAAGAAGGAGGUGAAGAGGAGAUGGAGUGGCUGAUGGAGGAGCUCGAAGCCCCCCUCUCUUCAACCUCGCAGCGCAGCAGGAGUAACCAUAGCAACGGCCACAUCAGGACCAAGCCGGUGAACACGGACGGCCUUCGCUCGUUCUCUCUGGACGAGCAGGACGAGGACAGCGAGGACGAGGUGCUGAGCGUCCCGGGGGUCCGAGUCCUCAAACCCUCAGGAGUCACCAGGACUCAGCGCAGCGCCUUCCUGCAGGAGGAAAGUGAUGAAGACCUGGUGGGUCUGUUGGAGGAGUCAGACAGGGCGAGGAGGAGCAGCAAACCUCGCUCCUCAGGGAGCAAUCCCAGUAACAGCCGGAGACGGGAGGACGAGGACAGCGACGAGGACCUCCUCAGGGUGUGAUGUCACAGCGCCCUUCGUCUGUCCCUCCAUCCAUACGAACUCUUCUUUCAGUGAAUGUCUUGAAGACGGCAGCGAUGAAACCAACAGAUAUCUCCUCUCGGUGCGAGGCGGUUGGUUUUUUUCGUUGCGCCGCACCUUUUCUCGGCUUAUCUGGACUCAGGCUGCCGAAGCUGAUUUUAAUUUAUUGAGAGGUUUAUUAUUUAAACUGUCCUCCGGGCCGUUAGUGCCUGCAACCUGUGUUCUUAGAUGAUCUCCUGUAGCUCUGCCACAUUCGAACCCUGAAUGCAAACGUUCCUCAGUGGGAAAAUUAAACCAUAAUACUUCUUUACUUUCUUAUUUUUUCAGUUUGAAAUAGCCGUGCCAUUGCUUCAGCACUUUGAUUAAAUCAGUACAACGUAAACGUCUGCAGGAACCUUUUUUUUUUUUGCUAUAAGAACAUUUAGAAAAGCUGUCAAGCUGUGAAGCAUUUCGGCGUUUUUUUGGCAGGCUGUUCAGCUUCGGCUCGGCCGAGUUAUUAAGGGAACGAAGACACUGUUUACAGCUGCUAGCAGAGCAGCUCUUUUUUUUUUCUUUCUUUCCCCUUAAAGACAGUUUGAUGCCUUCCUGAUGAUGAUGAUUUUCAUCUGCGAAUCUUGUCUGGCGAGUUCUUUGUAUAUUUGAACGAUUAUGUUAAAAAUGUUAAAUGUUUUUUUUUUCUCAUCUCGUCUGCUGUGUCACUCAAACAUGUUUUAUGACCAUUUAACAGCUUUUCUCUACGUCUCUGUGAGUUAAAAUAGAAAAGGCCUUAAGUAGGAAUAGAUGGUCGACUGAAGGGAAAGUCUGGAAGCCAUAUUUCUGCAGAUCCCCAUUUUAAUCUCCUUAAUUAUCAGGUUUUAAAUACAGAUUUUUCAGUGUCAGACC